AUGUCUUCACCCAACUACAAUAAAUUAGUUAAGGCUAGUCCAAAAUAUUUAAAAGAUCCUUCCGCAUUAAAAUCAAUUUCUUCCGCAAUUUAUGAGUUAUCUUCAUUCGUUGCUCAUAAAAUUCCUACAACAUUAAACACAUUACGUAAAGUGUCCGAUGUUGGAUUAUCAUGUUAUGAAAAGAAGAAAGAUGUUAUAGUAUAUUCAUCGUUUGAUGAACUUGCAACUGCGUCAAGUUCUAGAACUAAUUCGAUAAACCGAUCAGUUCUAGUAUUGGGAUAUCCGGAUGGUUUCCAGAUUUGGGAUAUUUCAAAUGUAGAUAAUGUUAAUGAAUUAAUCUCAAUUAGAGAUGAUGAAAAAAUUGGUGAAGUAAAAGUCGCAAAGAUAAUACCAAAUCCGCGUAUUGCUUCCAAAGUCGAUAUAGAUGAAUAUGCACAUCAACAACACUUGUCAAAAGAGAGUUAUAAUAGUCAAGAUCGCUUAUAUAAAUCAACACCACCAUUUCCUCCCAAACCAAAAACGGUUUUACAUUUGUUUUCCCUGAGAACUCAUAAAAUUGUAAAAACUGUUAAUGGUAUAGAUGAAGGAAACAUUGUUGGAAUUAAGUGUAAUGAAAGAGUUAUAGCUUUGGGUACAACAAACCCUUCAAGAAUUUCGAUAUACUCUACACUAAAUUUAUCACCAAUGUAUAUACUAAAAGACGUUGCACUACACCCAAUAUCAAAAACUCCCAUAUUUACACUCGGGUUAAGAUUAAUUGCCUAUGCAACCACCAGUUUUCCACCUGAAAAUAAUAUAAAGAAAAAAAAAGAUGUUGGAUAUUAUUUGGGUGGUGUUAGUGGUGAAGUUGCCAAAGGUGUUGCAAAUGUUGUAAGCGGUGUGAAAUUUUUAGGUGAUUAUGGAUUUCAAACGCUUUCGUCAUAUUUUGGCAAUCCAUCAAAUUCACACACUAACAUUAAUAAGACACCAUCAUCAGUCACUAUGCCAAUCAAUAUUAAAAAUCAUAAUGGUACAAUUAGUCCAAUAUCAUUUAAUUCAUCAUCACCUCAACAAAGUCCAUCGUCAAAUAAUAUUAAUGGUAUUCAUCAUCACCAUCACCACCAAAGAAAUAUUCACAACAAUGGUGGAAAUAUUGACAUGGUAAAUGGUUUACAUAAUAAUGAAACAGAAAAGGAAAACGGCGCAAUUGGCACAAUUAUAAUUCGUGAUUUAGAAAUAUCCAAUUCUCGUAAAAUUAAUAAUAAAAACAAUAAACAUGAUAUGCGAGAUCCAAACAUUAUAGCGCAUUUUACGCCUCACACACAUCCAGUUGGUUACUUGUCAUUUAAUCCAUCCGGAACAUUUUUAUACUCCACUUCAACCCAAGGUCAUCAAUUUCAUGUGUUUGAAAUAUUUGGUAACAGUAAAUAUCGACGAGUUGCCAAUGGCGGAGUUAAUAAUAAUAUUGGUGGCAGCAGAAGUGUUAAAAGAGUUUAUAAAUUAUCAAGAGGUAUAACCGAUGCUAUUGUUGGUGAGGGUGGUGUUUGCUGGAGUGAAGAUUCUAGAUGGUGUGGGGUGGCUACUGGUCGUGGCACUAUACAUAUUUUUGCCAUAAAUCCCUACGGUGGUUUGACUCAUAUACCCUCUCAUCUAUCAGGAUGGGUUAUUAAUUUACAAGAACCUUCCUACUUAUCAUCAAGCACUUUGUCACCUGUUGUACGUAUAAAACCACGUACACCUUUACCACAAGAUCCAACUGAGUCUAUCGACAACAACAAUAACGUAAAUAACAUUAAUGAUGACGAUUUGAUUUUUCAUCAACAACAACAUUUUGAUAAUCAAGUUCAAUAUAUGCAACAACAGUCGUUAUCGUCACAAUUACCAUUCGUAAUGCCACAUCAUCAUUUACGUAAACCGCCAGGGAUUUGCUUCAAAUUUAUACCACCUUUAUCAUCAACCACCUCUUCUAAAUCAAGUCUUAGCAACGAUAAUGGAAUCAAUAAACAUUUGAAUGCAAAUUUACACGAAAAACGUCAAGUAAGGAAGAGGUCUUCGUCAGCAACAAUUGCUGCAACACUAGCUACUUCAUUAUCACCAAGUUCAUCAUCUGCACAAUCCUACAAUAGUAAUUAUCAUCAACAAACUGAAAAAUUAGAAGAUGUUGGGUACCAAGAUUUAUGGAGUUUUCAUCCAACUGGUGUAUUAACACUACACAGAGUUUGGUUAGAAAGUGUAAUUUUAGGUGGGCAAUUAGCUGGUAGCGCAGCAGCUGUAGCUAAUGUUGGUAGAGUGUUAGUUGAUGGAGCGACAGGUGUUGUUAAUAUGGGUAUGGAGAUAGCAGAAACUUAUACCAACUCUAGAUUGUCGUUACCACCACCAUUAUGGGAAUGUCCACAAUUUACACUUCAAAUUUUUACUGCAGGAUUCAACGAUUACAUAAAUCAAGGCAAUGUCCCUAGUUAUGGUGGUAGUGGUAUUGAUUCAAAUGUCAUAUUGGAUAAUAACCAAGGAUAUUUUGGUGGUGUUGUUGGAAAGGAUAGACGUAAUAAUCAGAAUAGAUUACAUAAAGAAAAUCAACAGCAUGUUCAAUCUAGGGAAUCUGAUAUUGAUAUUGAUAUUGACUUAUCAGAACUUUCAAGUGCUAUUGACACAAAGCUUGAUCUUUCAGCAUCAAGUGAAGUCGCCAUCAGCAACAAGAAUGGCAGUGAUGGUAACAAUUUCGAUUUAAAUGAUAAUAAUAAUAAAACAACGACUAUCCCCAUAACAACUACUGCUAAUACCGAUAGUAAUGAUACUGAAUUAAUUAAACCAUAUUCAAUACCUUAUGUUACUAAUUCUAAACCAUCUCAAUCAUUGACAGCAUCAUUAUUGACACCACAUAAUAGUUCAGAAUUCGAUGAUAUCAUUAAAGAAGGACAAGAACAAAAACCAAUUACCGCUAUUACUAAUAAUACUUCAACUGGAAAAAAUAGUUACGAUUUUAGUAAUGAGUUUAGUGAUUCAUUGUUCGGAUCAGGAGAAUUUGAAAGCUCAUUUUUAUUUUCAAAUGAUGAUAAUUUAAGUAGCGUAAGAAAUGAUGAGCAACAUAUAAAUGAAUUGGUUUAA